GCGCGCCCAAGCAGGCCUGAUCCCGCAACUCGUCUGGCCAUCAGUCGGUCUCCCGCCUUAGCUCCGCUGUGCUGCCCGCGAUGGCGCGCAGGGGUCGCCCUUACUGGUGGCCGAGAAGCCGCUCGGCGUGAGGCCGGGCCGGGCUGGGCUGGGGCCGGGGGAAUCGCCGCGCCGUCCCCUGAGCCGCCCGGCCCGGGCGCCGAGAGACAGCCGGCAUCAAGAGCGUACAGCAUCGGCCAGGAACGAGCAGGCGGCUUGGUGUUUGGACCUGAGCUGCCGAUGCUGUGCUCUCCUGAUGCUGAACAGCCUGUGUCCAGAAGAUGAGCAGAUUGUUGGUGGGAGUGACCCUCGAGAGGAUUUGCAAAGCUGUACUUCUCCUAUGUUUACUGCACUUCCUUAUCAUCAUGAUUCUCUAUUUUGAUGUCUACGCCCAGCGCUUGGACUUUUUCAGCCGCUUCAACGUACGAAACUCUUCCCGCUCUCUGCCCUAUGCCAACGUCUCUCGGCCUAAUGGUACUGCUGGGCCUCUGGGUGCUGAGCUCCUGGCUCCAAGUGUCAAGCCUGUUGGGGCCAACAACACCGUCACUGAGAAGCCCUUACCUCCCUGUCCAGAGAUGCCACCUGGUCUUGUGGGGCGACUCCUUAUUGAAUUUAGCUCUCCCAUGAGCAUGGAGAGAGUACAGCGGGAGAACCCAGAUGUUCAGGAGGGUGGCAAGUAUUCACCCCUGGACUGUGUGCCUCGACAGAAAGUGGCCAUCCUCAUACCUUUCCGCCACCGCGAGCAUCACCUCAAAUACUGGCUCCACUACCUGCAUCCAAUCCUACGACGUCAGAAGGUGUCCUAUGGAAUCUACAUUAUUAACCAGGGUAGCCAGUCAGUCGGUGCACGCUCCACCGAUCCAUGCACUGUGCACCAAGGACAGCAAUAUCGCGUUCCGUUACCGUACUCUGGCUACUUUGGAGGAGUCUCUGGCCUAAGCAAGACACAGUUUCUGAAGAUUAAUGGCUUCCCUAAUGAGUAUUGGGGCUGGGGUGGAGAAGAUGAUGACAUAUUUAACAGAAUCUCACUCAACGGCAUGAAAGUAUCACGUCCUGACGCUCGCAUUGGGCGCUAUCGCAUGAUCAAGCAUGAGCGCGAUCGGCACAAUGAACCAAAUCCCCAGCGGUUCACCAAAAUUCAGAAUACCAAGGUGACCAUGAAACGCGAUGGCAUUGGUUCACUGCAGUACCGCCUCGUGGAGAAGUUUCGCCGUCCCAUGUACACCAAUGUGACUGUGGAUAUUGGCCGACCGCCGCCACGCCCUUCUCGGGGUUGACUCUGCUGCUUGGCCCUGCCCGUGGUCCCAUGCAUGAGGAGCAACAUGGAUUUCAGCCCUGACCGGUUCAGAGGACUGUGUCCUGACUUGGAUAACCUGUCUGCCUCCUUCAUGGGAAAAGGGGAAAGGCUCAGGACAUAUCUUUGUCUCGUCCUUGCCUUUGGCUGAAGACUAGCUCCUUAACACUAGUCAGUUCUCCACAGUGCCCUUCAGAUUGGAGAAUGAAUGUGUGUUACAUGCUUGGUCCGGUGUUUCAAUUUUGGGCAGAGCCAAGCUCCCAAUUGCUGAGGAAGGCCCUGAGAGCAGAGAAGCCCUGUGUAGGGCUUUGACCUUCCCUUUGUCUCUGGCAGAGUCCAUCCUCUCCCUCAAGUUUUUGCAAGGCUGUGCCCCUGAAAGAUUCCAAGGGUAUGGUGGCUGCUCUUUGCUUCUUCUCACAGACUGAAGGACUACUGCCUUUUGAGCCUUUCUUCCAGGCACAGUCUGGUCUCACAGUGACUGCCAGCUACCAAGGUUAGAGAUGGUUUACAAUUGAGGAGAGCUCCAUCGCCAGUAAAAGCUCUAAUGGGUCUGGCCCACUGCCCACCUCCAUUCAUGGCUUGGUGCUGUCCCCUGGAUGCUUUUUUCUGACUCCAGUACACAGGGGUGUUUUAUACAAAUCCUCAUUAGAAUACUUGAGUGCUUCCUGGGUUAAUGUAUGUGUAGCCUGUCUGGCAUGGUACAACAGGACUUUCUUCUUAGCUGUGAUUUCUCUUCUUCCUUUCCGUGGAGCAGAUUGGAUGGGUAGUGAGGUUGUACCUUUUAGUAGGGUGGAUAGAUGGAUGUACGGUGUGACAUACCCUAAAGUGGGCUUGUUCCUCACUAUCAUAAGCACGCAGAACUUGUAGCCAUUUGUUAUAGAACGGAAUAACGUGAAGGUAGAUUUCAGCCUGUUUUCCCUUGAUCCACUACCAUCCCAACUUCCACUCCUCAAGCAAUUCUAGCAGCCCUACAGUUUCUGCCAGGCAUCCUGCCCUUAACCACUCAUUUUUUUUAAAAUCAAACUACCCUCAAUCACAGCCCUGAUGGUAUCUUGGUGGCAGUCCUACACCUAGUACUUGGAGCUAGGAAGCUGCUGGUGUUCCUUCAUUCUGGUUAUGGUGCCUGGCAAGUAGAAUCACCUGCACCUGUUCACUUUGGGGUGACAACUGGGCCAGGCUGGAAGCCAGGCACCAGCAUGUCAAAUAGCCCAGGUGCUGGUGACUUUUGUACAUUUGAAUGUUUUGAUCCCUUUUCAAGCCUAUGGUGAAUGCAACACUGGUCACUAUGGUCAGACUUUUGUAUUCAGUAAAGUUUCAAAACUUGGAAA